UGCUGAAAACCAUUUUGCCACAGUUGAAGAACGCUCAACAGGCGCAAGAAAAUACGUCCAAAGACUAUAAUAACGCAUUACCAAUCCAAAGAACAAACAGAUAUGAGGCCGAAUCUAAUGAAUAUUUGCUCAGAAUGAAUGCAGUUGCGCCACACGAAUCUCGAGGAUCUUUAAGUUCGGAAUGCGAGCCAUCGGUAAAAGAGGAAAGCACAAAACGUUACGUUUAUACCGGUCCACCUGCGAUCAGUCUGGGCAGUUGGUCGGAAAGACCCAGUGUCAACGUCCAAAUCAAAACGGACACUGAUUACACGUUGGGAAGAAGCAAUACGACUAAUGACAGUAAAACCAUUGUUAAUAUUAAUAGCAUAAAAAAUGAAAAAGAUAUUACGAACUAUACCUAUAGCAGCACUGGUAAGAAUAACGUCACUAAGCACAAAUUCAACAUUGAUUCUUUGACAAAUGAAAAUCCCGAUGAAUUAAUCGCAAAAAAAUUAAUGGCACAUAUGACAGCGUCGAAUUUCAAAUUAUCAAAUCGAGUUAACACGGCAUCCAGUUUGACGAAAAACAAAGAUAGACCCGUCGUGAUGGGGGUCGAGCUGAAGAAAACUUCUGUUAAAACGAAAGAAAUACUAAAAAGCGAAGAUGAGAACGAAGUCGACACUACAUCGAUGAAUUUCAAAGAAUUAACAAAGACAUUCGGCCAGUAUGGAAAUUUUAAGCAGAAACCUAAACGCUCAAAUAUUAAUAAAUCUUCAGAGGAUUAUCGCAAUGUGCAGCAUAGCGAGAUAGAUAGAAUCACAAACUCGAACGUUAAAGAAAACGGUUAUGCCUGGUUUACAAAGGUAACCAACCAAAACAACUUCUCAUUUAAAAAUCAGCCCGAGACGCAAGGCAUACAACCAAACCCACGGCUAAAAAAAUUCACAUCUGUCAUAGGCGUAAAUGAGACGAGCCAGAAUCUUGGAUUACAAAGUGAAAUGUCCCUCAGGUGUAACAUCAACAAUGCUAUAAAAAUUAAUCCACCGAUGCCGGUUGUAAAAGGAUUCAAGAUACACACUACUGCUGAUUCUAAGAUAAAUAAUAAUCAAAUGAGUCACAACGGACUAUCGAUGGUUGAUAGCUUUAACAAGAAUGUACAGUUUUCUAAACCUCAAACAAUGCCGGUGAUAACAGGGGUGAUGCUGAAGAACGCCAACGUGGGACCCAAAACAAUAUCGGUCCAAUUAGAUCCUAGGGAUAUGCUAUUGGAGUCUAUUCGGAACUUCGGCGGACAUAAAAAAUUAAAAAAUACUACAGAGAGAUACUAAUUGCGUGUAGCCACUCAUAGAGCAAUCUGAGCUAAAAUUUUUUGCAGCGAUGCUUCAAGAUUGACAAGUUUUUUUCUAUUUCUUCCGUCAUAUUUAGUUCUAUAUCAUUUGUUUUUGUUUUUAUAUUAUUAAAAAUAUAAGAAUUAUAUUUCAAAAAUCUUUUUGUUUAAAAAAAUCUAAUGCAAAUAGGUUUGAGAAAAAAUUUGUUUAACCUUAGAAUAUUAAAAGACUUUUUGGGAUAUGUGUUAAGAAAUUCGGUUCGUACACGGAAAAAUGAUAUGGUUUGCCAUAGCUAAAUAAAUAAUAACAUUUGGCG